AAAAUAUAACAAUUACCACGUAGUUUUACGACGGCAUCAUAAUAAUAUUUUUCAUUUAUAAAAAUAAUCAGUGAUAUCAAAUAAAUUAUGACUAAUAAAAAUUACACAGUCAUGGUGAAAAUCGAUCCAUAUGAUUAUCGAAAAUGGAAGCAAUCGCAUUAAAUUGCCAGUGCCGUUUUUAUAUUAGCACAAUACAUGUAACUAGUGCUUGAAUUGAGUGCCUCUUCUUCGUACCAGUACCCUCGAGCCGAUUUCACGACUUUAUCGAUGUUGAUAUUCCUGAAAAGCACGCAUAUAUAUAUAUAUAAUAUAGUUUGUGGUAAUUUUACCGCGCUUUUCUAAUUCGAGAUCUCGUUUUGCCGCCAUUUUGAUAAACGCGCGCAGUUGUGAUAAAACGAGAAUAAAAUUAAUGGCGUUAAUAAUCGAAAAGUGUAUUAAUUGUGCUGUUACUACUACGAAUACUGGAUCCUUUUAGAUUUGGAAGAAUUAACCCAUUAACUGAGCACUCUUGGGACACGCUUGGCUGAACGUUAAUGCAGCAUUCUAUUUUAUACGCCUGCAAACUGCACAAUGGUCUCUCGUCGGUUAACACAUCAGAUGCAAUAUGAAAUUUUCAGAAGGAGAAGAAAUACUUGCAAAACAUCCAAACUCUGAUAAAUAUUAUAAAGGCAAAAUUUUAAGUAUAAAAGGUGAACAAUAUAAAGUACAAUUUGAAACAGGUAUUGAACAAUAUAUUGAUUCAACUGAUAUUAAGAUGGAUAGGCCAUCAAGAAAUAUAACUAGAAGUAGAAGAGGAAAAAGUCCUACUAGAUCAGUUAGAAAAUCUCCACGUAAACGUUCACCUGGAAGAUCUCCAUCAGCUACAAGAGGACAUAGAUCACAGUCUACAAAUCGUACAAAGUUUGCAAAAAUUUCUUUGCCACGUAUAGAAGUAUCUAGUGAUAUACAACAUAAUGAUGAUAAAAUUAUAAAUAAAAAAAGGACACAUGAUGAUGAUUCUGUUGAAUCAAUGCCUCUUCAAUCACGAUUGAAGGAACUAGGAACAAUUACACGUAGGUCAACAAGAUUAUUAUCUGGUAUGCCAAAACCUGAAUCAGACCAUAACAUAAUUUUAUUAACAAGAAAUAUUAAUCGAGCUGUCUCACUUCCUUCAGAAAGGAAGAGUCAGAUGAAUGAUUUUAGUAUAGAUGUAAAGGAGAGAGGUCAUUCAGUACAAAGAGAUCAAGAUUUGUUAAAAAUAAAUUAUAAAGAUAUAGAUAUAAAUACACAAAUGAUAGAAAAGCGAAAAAAAGAAAUCAAUAUGGUUAGUGAACCACAAGAAUGGGGAGGAAUGUUUGGAACUUUUAUUCUUAUAUUUCUAUUACCUGUAAUUAUGAUUGUACCGCAAUUAUUGUGCGCAAAAAAUGAAUGUACGUUUAAAUAUCAUAAAAUAUCUACAGAUCUAAAUUUUUAUGUAAAUGUAAAAGCUUUUAUUGCAUAUUUAAGUCUCUUUUUAUUUGUAAUAAUUGUUUCGAUCAUACCAAUCGGACGAAAACUUGAUGGAUUACAAAGUAGGAUUGAAAGAUUACAAUAUCGUUUAAAUGGUUUUUUAUGUGGCAUUUUAUCAAUAAUUAUAUUUGCUACAUGUAUAUAUAAUGAAAUUAAAAUUACUGAUUUUAUUUUGCAAAAUAAUAUACAGUUUUCAAUCAUUGGUUGGAUUCUUGGAAUAAUUUUAUCAGUUUUAUUAUUUAUAAAAGGAGGCAGAGCUUCAAUAGCUAAUUUAAAUAUACAUGGAUCUACUAACAGUAUGAUAUAUAACUUUUGGCAAGGAAGAGAAAUAAAUCCACGAAUUGGUCCUGUGGAUUUUAAAAUAAAUCUUUUUCGGACUUCUAUGAUAACCAUAAUUCUCAUAAACUUGUCUAUUGCAAUCAAAACAAUUGAAGAAACUGAAAUAUAUACUUUAGAACAUCUUAAUGUAGGUGCCUUAUUAGGUACUUUGCUACAAAUCAUUUAUGCAAUGGAUGCAUUAUUUUUUGAAUCUGCAUUAUUAACGACUUUCGAAAUAAUGUACGAGGGAACUGGAUAUAUGUUAUGUACGGGUUAUAUGAUGUAUCCAUUUUUACCGACUCUUACGACGAAAUAUAUGUUAUAUCACAAGACACAACUUACUUAUCUAUUUAUUUUUCCUAUAAUCACUUUUAUAAUUGGCUAUUUGUUAUAUAGAAUUAGUAAUCUACAAAAGAAUAAGUUCAGAAGGAAUCCUUUAUCUCCAUCAUUGAUGCAUUUAGAAACUAUACCAACUAUACGUGGUAAAAAACUUAUAGUAUCUGGAUUAUGGGGUUUUAUAAGACAUCCCAAUUAUUUAGGUGAUAUAAUAAUGUGGUGGUCAAUAUCAUGUAUAAGUUUAGCAUGUGAUAUUUUGCCUUAUUAUUAUGCAAUUUUGUGUACAGGAUUAUUGAUACAUAGAGCUAUAAGAGACAAUGAACGUUGCAAAAUACGUUAUGGUUUAGCUUGGGAGCAAUAUAUAUCACGUGUUAAGUAUAUGAUUUUUUAUCGUAUAUUUUAAAGUAAUAUAAUAUAUGUAUAAAAUAUUAGCAAUAUUAGCAAUUUUAGAGAUACCAAAAUAUGUUACAAAGUUGUACAUUUAAAAACAAUAAUGCUCAUUAUUUCAUAAAAUAUUUUAAUCACAUUAGAAUUAUAUAGAGUUUAUACAUACACAUGUGACAUAGUAUGUAGGAUCCAAAUUAGCUCAAUACAAAACCAAAAGAAAUAAUUGUUUAACAUUUAGAUUUAAGCAUAUCAUUUCAUAAAAUCUUUAAAGCAAUGAACAAAG